AUGAUUUAUUACAACUCAAAGAACUUGAUCUCACCAGGUAUUUUUGAUGAUUUAUUAAGCCUAAAAGAUCUUUAUAUCAGCGAAAACAAUCUCACAGUUUUAUCAAAAGAUAUAUUUAGUAGUUUAAAAGAGCUAGAAAAUCUUGAUUUAAGCUCGAACAAACUACAAAACCUCGAGUCAGGUUGUUUUGAUAAUUUAUCACAACUUGACUCACUUGAUAUUGCAAACAACGCUCUGACAACAUUAUCGAGAGGUGUAUUUAAUGAUCUUGAAUUUCUUUUGGACCUAGAUUUAAGUUCAAACAAACUGCACAAACUUGAGUCAGGUUGCUUCAAUGGUUUAUCAAAACUUGUGGAGCUUAAAAUCGACAACAACGGUCUGACAACAUUGUCCAAAGGUGUAUUUAUUAAUCUUGAAAAUCUUUCGACACUAAUUUUGGAUUCAAACAAUUUACAAAAUCUCGAAUCAGGUUGUUUCGAUGGUUUAUCACAACUCGACCUGCUCAGUGUCAAAAACAACAGUCUGACGACAUUAGCCGAAAGUGUAUUUGAUGGUCUUGAAAAUCUUCGGGAACUAAAUAUUAAUUCAAACAAUCUGCAUAAUCUUCAGUUAAGAUGGUUUAAUGAUUUAUCACAACUUGAGAAGCUUAAUAUCAGUAACAACAGUUUGACAACAUUACCUGAAGGUGUAUUUAAUCGUCUUGAAAAUCUUGAGUCACUAUAUUUGGAUUCAAACAAACUCCAAAAUCUCAAGUCAGGUUGUUUUGAUGGUCUCAAAAAACUUGAGCUGCUCAGUAUCAAAGACAACAGUCUGACAUCAUUAUCCAAAGAUAUAUUUAUUAGUCUUGAAAAUCUUGAGACACUAGAAUUGGAAUCAAACAAACUACAAAAUCUCGAGUCAGGUUGUUUCAAUGGUUUAUCAAAAAUUGAGCGACUUGAUAUCAGCAACCACAGCCUGACAACAUUAUCCAAAGGUGUAUUUGAUGGUCUUAAAAGUCUUAAGGUACUAGAAUUGGAUUCAAACAAACUUCAAAAUCUUGAGCCAGGUUGUUUUGAUGGUUUAAAAACUUGA